AUGGCCUGCGUGACUUCCUCGGGCGUGAGGAUGGCCGGCCCGCCGUUGGCAGCGGGCGCCCCUGCGGAGCCUAACGGCAUCGGGGACGAUGGAAUCAUGGCGUUGGUGACUAACAAAGAUGGGGGACAAAAUGCAGAGGUUGCUGCUACAACAAACAUGGAUGAAGAAAAUGUAAAUACAGAAAGUGAAGAAAUAUCACAUCAGCAGGAAAACCAAGAUAGCAUCCCACCACAAACACAACUCGUAGCUACAACAGCGGCAGGUACAAGUAAUGGUCGCACAACUAGAAAUAGUGCUGCGAAUAAGACUCAAACUGGCCAAAACAAAGGAGGGAAUACGACAGUUAGUUUUACUACUACUAAAGCACUAAGGGAUGCUGCGGCUAAGAAACGAGCAUUAUCCAAAAGGAAUCAACAAGUUGGCAAAGCACAGAUUUAG